UGAUAAGGGAGGCAGGGCAGCGAUCCUGGUCUGCAAACAGCUGAACAACUUUGCAGGAGAGUGAGGACUGACUGAGCACAAUACAGCACAGAGAGGGAGAGAGAGAGAGACACUGAGGAACAGCGCUGCAGCCAAGGAGACCACAGAAACACUCUUCCCCCAAAUCCCCAACUCUGCAGAGGCAGCACAGAGAAAGAGACGCAGCACAGACUAACAAAAGCAUUCUUGGCUUUCAGUUUUAAAAGAAGAAGGAAAAAUAACAAUACGUGGGGCGAGAUCAUUUACUCUGAGAUACAAAUUCAGGGAGAAAGGCGUGACAGCCUGGGGUUUGUCAUCACUGCAACAUCUCCUGAUACAAAGUGAGGGAGGAUUGGAGCGCGGCGCUGCAUGAAGGAUAAAUCCAUCUGGGAGAAGAAGCCAGCAGAAACAGGAUGAGAGCGACUCUGAGGAUCACGUGGCUGCUACUUUCACUCGGCUGCCUCCUUCACACUGUUUGCUCAGACGGUGAUGCUGCUGCGACGGAGAAAGCUCCCAACCCUGCCGCUGCUGACCUGUCUGUGGUAACUGCAACUACAACUGUGGUGACUCCUGAAAGUAAGACUAAUCCUGCCACAACUGUCACAACUGCAGCACCAACAACUGAUGGAAAGAAAAGCAUCCCUACACAAGAACCUUCACAGAUAUCUGUUGUGAAAACUGAAGCCACGGCCACAGCCUCUACUGUGCUCAAAACAGAUGUUAGUCAGCCACAAGCAACAACUACCAAAAACAUCCCAUCAACACCAAUGACCGCUUCUGCAAGGCCUCCUUCUGUGGAGACCAUGACUCCUACUGCUCAUACCAAUGUGUUGUCCACGGCCAUGACACCACCUGCAGCAACUGGCAGAACCCCCAGCUCCAGGACGAGCCCCGGGGCCACCACAGCACCGACAACUGCAGCUUCCACACCCAGUCAAGUCUCUGGGACACCCAGCAGCCUACCAGGGAAUCCUGUCAGUGGAGACCCAACCGGGACCACAGUGGUACCAGCGGUGGGCUCGACUUCUGUAGUAAAGCAAGUGUCCACCACUUCAUCAGUGAGCAACAAAGCUACCACUGAAGCACCAAUCGGAGGUCCUGGUCUGGCAUCUCCGACGCCCACACAGUCGGCUGUGAACCCAGGGACAGCCAGCAGCCCCUCCAGCUGGACCUCGACAAUAGCUGCUGCACUGACGACCAUUGCUGCCAAAGCUGCUACCAGCCCUGUGCAACCCACCGCUACCACCACCACCCCCAGCCCUCCCACCACCACCACGCCUCCAACCACCACCACCCUGCCUCAGCUAAGGAUAUUUGUUUAUAGACUCAGCUGGAACGAGAAUAAGGAAGAAAAGGAUCUGGAGGAGGUUUGCAAGCGACUGAUGCCAAACUGGGAAAAUGGAACCUGCACGCUGACGUUGAGACACCACAACGGCAAAGUACACUUUGACUCUGUGGAGAUAAAUGGCAAAGUGCCGUCCAGCCUGGCAGCCCAGUAUUAUGAAGAAAUCACCAAGAAACCGUCAGAUAGCAAAACCCUGAUCGUCAUCCUGGCCUCUUGUGGAGGUCUGCUCAUCAUGAUCGUCAUCCUGGUCGUCUGCGUCUCCCACCACCAGCGCAGGCCGUACAACGAGAACCAGCAACACCUGACGGAGGAGCUGCACACGGUGGAGAACGGCUACCAUGACAACCCCACACUGGAGGUGAUGGAGGUGCAGCCGGAGAUGCAGGAGAAGAAGAUGGCGCUGAAUGGAGAGUUCAACGACAGCUGGAUCGUCCCCAUCGACAACCUGCUGAAGGAGGACAUCCCCGACGAGGAGGACACCCACCUGUAGAGACCAGCAGGGACAGAGAAGAAGAAGAGGAGGGUGACAGGACCGGCCACACCAAAACCAAUGCCUUACACUCUGGACCCUGGGAGCACGUCCCUGUAGCCACGCAUGACUGUCUCACAUAGAAGUACAUCCUAUAGAGCACUCGUGUCUCUGGCCUGCUCUGUUGGAUGUAUUUCUGCUGUAUACGGCAAUAAAAUGUGACACAGUGGCCUGCUUAGAAAAACCACCACACCAUCACUGUUGUGUUUAUACUGUAGUUUUUAUACAAAUAUUUGAUAUGUGUGACUUCCUGCAGAGCACAAUUCCAAUUUUUUAAUAUCAUUUAUUACAUUUAUGUAAACUCAGAAAGUGCCCCAAA